AUGCCGAGAGAGCGCGUCGUUAUUCCAAAGCAAACCCCUUCGCCCUAUCGCAAGGUAGACAAGAAGAGUGUAACUUCUAAUGCCUCCAAUAUAUCGGAAAGAACGGUAAAAGAUAAAAAAGCCACAACCCAUACUGGUUCGUCCAUACGAGUCGAGGAAAAGAAACGCAAGACAGUAUUUAAAGCUGUACUUGACUCUCCGUUUAACAUAAAUUGGCCCGAUGUCUCGAAGGAGACGCAAGAAGAAAUAUUACAAGUCUUGUGCAGUACUUUGAGCAGUUUUGGCGAAUCGAAGCGCAUUAGGAAGAGCAAAGACAUAGUUAUUGGGCUCAAUGCAGUCACUCGGCGUUUAGAAUUGCAACCUGAAAAUUUGGAUUCACUUCUUCGAAUGGUUUUUGUAUGUAAGAGCGACAUUUCUCCUCCUAUUCUUUACGCUCACAUGCCUGUCAUGGCAGCGAUAAAUCCGAGCUUGUUACUUGUUGCGCUGCCUUUUGGUGCGGAGAGGCGUUUAAGUGAAUUGCUUUCGGUGAAGCGAGUGGCCUGCAUUGGUAUCAAGAGAGAGUCGACAGGGUUUGAUAACCUUUAUGAAUUAGUGCAACAAAAAGUACCACACGUAUCUGCUCCUUGGCUAAAUAAUGUUCGUGUUGGAUUCGACUAUCGAUCACCAAAUCUAAAAACGUUUGUCACCUCUGCUCCAGUUGAAAAGAAGCGUCGAAAAACUCGAAAUGAGCAGAACAUACCUUCACAACAUACUAAGUAA